UGGAUUUAUAGCAGAGUGAUACACAUAAAGAGCAAGUACUGUUGGGUUGGGGAGAUCGAAGAGAAACAUAUUAGAUGGAUAUGGAGGAGAAAGGAGGAGUGAGCAUCCGAGAGUAUGACCCGAGCAGGGACAGCGGGGCAGUGGAAGCCGUGGAGAGGAGGUGCGAAGUGGGCAACAGUGCUCCCGGCAAGAUGUCUCUCUGCACCCACCUCUUGGGGGAUCCCCUCUGCCGAAUCCGCCAUUCCCCUCCUUUUCUCAUGCUGGUUGCGGAGGUGGGUCAGCAGGAGAAGGAAAUCGUAGGGAUGAUAAGGGGCUGUAUCAAAACUGUUACCUGUGGUCAAACCCUCACCACAAACAAUAUUAAUAAUGGAAACAACACCAUCACCAAACCUCCCAAGCUCUCCCCGGUUUCCACCAAGCUUGCCUACAUCUUGGGUCUUCGUGUCUCCCCAUCCCACAGAAGAAUGUGCAUUGGGUUGAAGCUGGUCAUUAAGAUGGAAGAAUGGUUCAAACAAAAUGGCGCGGAGUACUCUUACGUGGCUACCGAAAAUGACAACGCACCUUCUCUCAAUCUCUUCAUUCAAAAAUGCUCCUACUCCAAGUUCCGCACCCCCUCCAUCCUGGUCCAACCCGUCUUCGCCCACCGAUUCAAGCUCCCCAACCGAGUCACCAUCAUCCGACUCACCCCCACCGACUCCGAGACCCUCUACCGCCGCCGCUUCUCCACCACCGAGUUCUUCCCCCACGACAUCGGCGCAGUUCUCAAAAACCGGCUCAGUCUCGGCACCUACGUCGCCGUCCCCGCGGGCUCCUACUCGGCCGAGUCAUGGCCGGGUUCCGCCGCCUUCCUGGCUGACCCGCCGGAGUCGUGGGCGGUCUUGAGCAUAUGGAACACCAAGGAGGUGUUUACGUUGGAACUGAAGGGCGCGUGUUUCGCACGGCGGAUGGCGGUGAAGGCUACGCGCGUGGUGGAUACGGCGUUGCCGUGGCUGAAGAUCCCUUCGUUGCCGGACGUGUUCCGUCCUUUUGGGCUGCACUUUUUGUACGGCGUGGGAGGGGAAGGUCCACGCGCGGGGAGAAUGGUGAAGGCGUUGUGCGCUCACGCGCACAACUUGGCGAGGGGGAGCGGGUGCGGGGUGGUGGUGACGGAGGUGUCGGGAGCGGAGCCGUUGAAGUUAGCGAUUCCCCAUUGGAAGAGGUUAUCGUGCGCCGAGGACCUUUGGUGCAUGAAGAGGCUUGUCGAAGAUUGUGGGGAUGGGCCUGUUGGAGAUUGGACUAAAAGCCCAGCUGGGCCCUCCAUUUUUGUUGAUCCUCGGGAGUUCUAAAGGCCCAUUCCAAAGAUGAAAAUAAAUAAUAAUAUGUAGGUAUCAUAAUCUAGCUUACGCAGGAUUGAUAUUUCUAUGUGCAGUAUAGGAAUCCAAAUGCUAAA